AUGCAGGAUGACGACGAGGAGCGAGAUGAGGAUGACAUGGGCAAGGACUGGGGGUCCAGCCGAUUGCAGCCUUCGAUGGAGGAUCGAACCUUUGGCGUACUGUCGAUGCUUUUGCUGGAGGGCUCCGAGAACUUGCAGGCAAGAGCAACGACAAGCGGCUACCUCAGCGCGCGGUGGCGCCUCUCCAAAGAGCGGCCGGAUGACACGGUGCGAGGUGAUGCCUCGCCCAAAAGUGCACGAAAGCGCUUUGGCGUGCAGGACAAGUUUGGAUUUCAAGACGCAUCAGCGACUUCAGCGCGUGGGGAUGCAAGUGCUCGCGGUUGGGAUGCCAGCCCACGCGGUCAGGACUGGGGCGCUUCCAUUAGACUCGCCAGCAUCACCUCGCACUGGCGCACCCCCGAAGAGCGCAAGAGGAUGCCGAUUCUGCGCGAGGUGACGCAAGCGCACGCGGACUCGCCGGUGUCACCUCGCGGUGGUGCUCCAAAGAGUGCCCGAGCACGGCAUGGUGCCAGCAAGGACCCGCCAGACUCUGGUCGAGGGCAGCCAAGCGCGCGGGGGCGUGCACAGGCUGGGCAGUCAGCUCGUGGGGGUGAGGCUUCGGCCAGGGGCGACAUCUCGUCACGCGGCGGGGCCUCGGAGCGCUCUGGCCAAUCAGGUGAGGAGCCUGAAAGGCGGCACGCGCGCUGCAGGUGCUUUCGCUGCUGUUGCUGUCGGGGAAGGGGACAGGAUGAGCAACUGGGUGACGACGAGUUCAUAGACUCGGAAGCAGGGAACGGCAAAUCAUCACGAGGCGACAAGGACAUUGGAAACGUUGUUGUGCGCUUGGCCGAUCAUGUCUUCGCAUCGCUCCGCAAUGUUGCAGCCCACUCUGCGGAGAGACGAAAGCAGAUUCUGGGCCUUCAGGGAGAGCAGGUUGGUGUCGAGGCUCUGGCGCUCUUCAGGGGCCGCGACGCUGGGCCAAGUCGCUCCGUCGCCGCUUUCCUGCGCAACCUUUCAGAAGGCUCAGAUGGUGUUGUGCCGUUGGCUAAUGCAGGCUUCCUGCAGCUAGCAGAGGAAGAGCUGGAUGACAACCUGGGUGGACCUCAAGUCCGGCGCCACAUUCUUGCGGCCUUGCAGAACAUGGCAGCCCAAGUCGGACAAAGUGAAGAAGUUUUUACACAGCCUGCCAGCUGGCUGGAGAUGUGUGGUAUUGCUUCGCAACGCGGCCUCCAGGAUCGAGAUGCCCGUGCGACACAGCAGGCUCUGGGUGCGAUGGGAAACUUUGCAGUCCUCCGCGCCGCGCAGGAGCUUUAA